AGCAGGCCGCUCUUGGUGGCGAGCAGCACCCGACGCCCGGACCGCAGUCCGUCGCCAACCAGCGGCCGGCAGGGUCAGCAGCAUUGGUCCGAGCCAGCGACCCAGACAAGAAGCGGGAGCUUGGCCGGCAUGGAGGCACUGAGCGAGCGUCUGAGCGAGCUGCGCGUCCAGGAAGGCGCCGAGGCCGACCCGGACGGCAUCUUCCAGCGGUGGAGGCGCGACGCCCGCGCGGCCCAGCUCGUCAUGCCCGACAGCGCCGUCCUCACGACGAGCACCAGGUCGGGAAGGGCGAGCGCGCGCACUGUGUGCUUCCGUCGGAUGGACGAGGGUAGAUUCGUCUUCCUCACGGACAGUCGCAGCAAAAAGUGCAGGGAACUGGCGGAGAACCCCCGGGCCGGCAUCGCAUUCCUCUGGGCAUUUGUCGACGGCGCGGGUCAGAGGGUCGCCAGGGAGGUCCGCGUGGCCGGGUCCGUGACGGCGCUGCAGCCGCCCGCCUACGAGGACCUGUACUGGUCGCUCAUCCCCAACCGCCGCAUCCGGGCCUACAUCUGCGAGCAGGGCGCCGCGGCCGACUGGGACCGGCUCCAGGAGCGGCACGACCAGCUGCUGCUCGAGGUGGACAAGGGCAAGCGCCUGCCCAUGCCCGGCCACUUCGUGGCUUACGAGCUUUUCCCCACCAACAUGGAGUUCUACGAGCAAAUCGAGGAUGAGGAAGACUGCCAGGGACGGCAUUUCUCUCGGCAAGCGGGCCAGUGGAGAGCCCAAGGACUCGCAGCAUGAGGACGAGACGAAAAGAAGCGUCUGCAGCAGUAUUUUGUAAAUACUAGAAAACUAGGUUAAAACAAUCAGAGGAAAAAGGCAAUUUGUAACCAUUUUU